UCAGAUCUUCUUUUCGACUUUAAAAUCUUUAGCCUAAAUUGCGUUUCCUUUUAAAUACCUUUAUCAGAUGUCGUUUUAUUGAGUAUUUAAAGGGAAAUCGCAAGAUCAAGAGUUGGUGCCUUUGUGUUACUUGGGUCUUUCGGACAAAAUUUUCAGUGUUCUAAAUUUUUUGUUGAUUAUUAAAAUAAAUAAAUUUUGGAAAGGAAAGUAUUUCCUGUGGAGUAUUAUUAAACAUUUUUUUAAACUAUAAAAUUGUUGAGUUAGUAUCCGAAAUACUUUGGUUAUUGGAGAAAAAUAAUUGGAAAAGGCAGUAAUCAAAUAGUUAUCUGUCCAUUUCCGCUAAUCGGUGCUUGAAUCAUGUCGAGCGGUCAACCAAAAGGCAAAAUGGAAGGUAGUACCAAAAAAACAGCGUCCAAAAAGGAAGUAAGGUCCAAAGUAUCCAUUGCGGGAUCCUUAUUAGAGAUUGAGGCAAGGGUUAACUCAGUUACAUCAAACACUGAUGCUAUAAUUUCUUCCAUGUCGUUAGUUCCGUCUAAAUCUGCCGUGGUCUCUCUAAGACCGUACAAUUCCUUGUCUAAAAGUAUUUCAUGUUGCAGCUUAAAUGGUUCCAAUUUUGACGAUCACGUUUCCUUGUCCCAACACUCAUCUGACCCAAUUGAUAACUUUGACGAUGAGGAUAGUGCCUUCUUUUCCGCCUAUAAUUUGGAUUUGGAAGAGGAUAUUGAUGACAUGACUAUUUCACCAGAGAUUAGAGAGAGAAUCAUUCAAGAGCGCAACACCAUUAAUAAAUUUGUUGCUGCACUACGCAAGAUUCGCAAGAUAACUACCGAUUGAGCUGGACUUUGCAAUACAAGUUUGUUGAAUCUUCGAAAACCUCCAUGUCACUACAAAUUCAAAAUUUUCAAUGUUUUCAAUAAUAUUUUUUUAGGUGCGAUUUUUUAAAUCUUAAGUUUCACAGCCCAAAAUUUCAGUAUUUAACAGAAAAAUCAAAACAUUUUUUAAGCAUAAAUUUUACACCUAAUAAAUAGUUCAAAUUUUGCUAUUAAAAAAA